AUGUUACGGGCAGACACCUAUAUAUAUCCCCAGAUAACUAACCCAGAAGUAAUCGUAUAUUUAUAUAUCUGGAUCGAGAUCAAAGUAAAAAUGUUGAGAUUUCGGAACAAAAUGGGGACUGAACACAGUAAGGAAUGGCGUUGCUGUAUGUGUCUUCAUGUGCGUACUGGGACAAUGCUACUUGGAUCAUGGCAUUUGAUACUACACUUAUUGGCCUUGGGAUUCUUAGCUGCAGUGGUGCGAGACCCUGCUUUGAUGGAAGACUUUGAACGAGAGCAGGAGGCGUUCGUAGAUUGGCAAGAUGUUGGUUCAGCAUUGCCCACACCACAGUCCAAUGUAGAAGCACCACCAAGCUCAUACCCGCAAUAUGCUCUAAAACCCAAAGACCGUAGUUACAUUUACCAUGACAUCGAUGUUGGAGCGUUGGUGACAAUUUGCACUCUUGCCAUAACCCUGAUGCUGAUUUAUGGAGCUGCUCGCGGAAAACCAGCCCACAUUCUACCAUUUUUCUGUCUUCAAAUAUUUGACUUUGCUAUUACAGUACUCACUGGUAUGGGCUACCUCUGCUACGUGCGGUCUAUACAUCGGCUGGUGACUGAAGCUCGUCGUGUGCCCUGGCGUGCCCAGCUCCUGACACUGCCUGCCCCGGCUCUAGCCUUCGUCAUACUUUGCUCUUUCCUGUUCGCCAUUCUGAUUAAGGCGUAUUUCAUCAACAUGGUAUGGCGCUGCUACAAGUAUCUCACUAUGCGGACUCAUGCCCUAACCAGCCUAACUCCAUUCGUGAUCUCGAGUGAGGGGUCCGUCAGCCCCAUCACCCCUUACACCCGUCCCGCGGUCCCCGUGCCACAAUACUCCAGCCUGCUCCCGGACUACGAAGAGGCAGUCAAGCAGACCCCACCGCCGUCCUACCGUGCAGCCACUUUAAUGGAACUUAGUACACCGGUGUUCAGCAUUCGCAAUCUUGGGAAUAAGGAAUACGAGUCGGAGACCGAGACUCCCCCGCUAACACCCCCCGCUGACACCAUCGUAGUUCUGCCUCAACAAGGGACACAUGCUCCAGUGUAA